AAAUUGUUUGGUGAUUCCGCCUUCCAGAAUGCAAUGGAUGUCCAAACCUGGGCUUGUCAUAGAGGACUCCGUGCUCUCCUCCAGCAGCAAAGCUUGGCGCGGCACGAGCCUGGACCAGCAGAUUCUACCUGGAGCUGAAGGUGGUUUCUCCGUGUCAGUGCUGGGGGGUUUGGUGCGCCUCGGGGUGGUGAAGCUUGACGCGGAGUCGGACAACUUGGGCACCGACGUCCACAGCUUCGGCUUUGGAGGGACGGGGAAGAAAUCCCACGCUGGCGUGUUCGAAGACUAUGGAGAGCCCUUCGGCGUCGGGGACCGCUUGGACUGCCGCGUGGAUCGCUCGGAGGGCUUGCGGCUGAGCUUCGCGAAGAACGGGCGCGACCUGGGGGCGGCCUAUGACCUCAAGGCGGACCAAAUCCCCGGGCCGCUCCGCGCGGCCGCUCUGGCGCCGGCGCUCUGCGGCCGCGCCUUCCGCGUGGCACUCCGCGGCGGAAGCGGAAGCGGCGCAAGCGAGGAGCGGGAGACGGCGCUGAGGUACUACAGCCUGCGGUGGGCCAAGGCCAGGCCAGCACGAGCACUGGCACAGGUGCGGGUAGAUGCAGAGCGACCUCCGGUGGAUGUCGAGCGCUUCCUGCGGGACUUCUUCGACAAGUCCGCGGACGCGGAGGCCGAGGCCGGCGCCGCGGAGCGGUGGCUGCGGAAGGCCCCGGCGGAGGCGGUGUCUGCGAGUCCGGCGGAGGUCCGCGGCUCCAAGGAGGUGCGUUCGGUGCAGCGGAGUUUGACUUUGCCCUCCGGGCCCGCGGUGACGAUCAUCGACUCCCAGCCGGCGGGCAAGGCCAGUGCAGACCGGUCCUACGCAAAGAACCUGGCGCUGUGGGAGUCGUUGCCACGAGGUCACGCUGAAGUGCAGACAGAUGGGAAGACUGUCUGCGAGCUGGCGGGCCUUCGGAAGUUUGGCAGUGCCGAGGAGAAGUUCGGGCCUCUGGCGCGGGAAGCCAACGGCUCCCGGCGCUGCGCGCUGCAGAUCUUGCCCCGCGCCUUACGGGAGGAGGAUGAGCUGACCCUGAUCUUUUCGACCAAGGAGAACGGCGAGAUGUGCAAAGUGUCCUUCUGUGAUUUGCACGAGAAGCCCUACCUGGCCCUUGGCUCCAAGAACGUGACCUUGGUGAUCUGCGUGGCGCAGCGUGAGGCGGCGCUGGCGGAUCUGGCGGCCUACUCGGCGGAGAGGUACCAGUUUGCCGUAGAGAUGGCGCAGGCCUUCGUUGACCACAUCUUCCAGCUGACCAAUGCGCAGAGGUCGGAGAUGAUCGACUUCGCAGUGACCCGCAAGGCGACCCUGUGCGGGGAGUCCGUCUCGCCGUUGCAUCAGCACAUCCAGAGCUACCGGGAUGGCCUGGGCCGCAUCCAGCCGCAGAUCCGUUUCUUCGCCAUCACUUCUGCGCGGCCCUUCGCCGAGGGUUUGACCUUGGUGGAGCCCUGGGCCGCCCGCGACCUCUUCGUAAGUUGGGGCUUGCUGCCAGUGGAACUCGAGGCAGUGCCGGCGAAAAAUGCGGCGCAGGUGGAGAGCAUAGAGAGGAAGCAUUUGCUGCUGCCGAAUCGGGAAGGCGCGGUCGUGUACGUUGUUGUCCGGCAGAAGGAGACUGCCCGCACGGCUUUGGUGUACAAGUGGAAGAACGCCUGGUACAUCACCGUGCGCGCACUGCGCGAGAAGUUCUCCAAACGGGCCUCGGAGGGCCGGAUCCGAAGUCGCAUCAGACUGCUGCACGUGCACCACCCCAACGAGAAGGAAAUCGUGGAGGACUAUCUGAACUUCUACCGCUUCGCGCUGCUUCUGCUGCCGAGCAAAGACUUCGAGUUGCUGGGCAGCCUGUGGGUGGCCCUCAAGGCCGCCCACGAAGACUUCCAGGUUUGGACCUUCCCCCCAGCUCUCUCGGUGGACCAGCGGUGGCCCCAGGCGGGCUGCGGCACCUGGUCCCAGGCGCUGCCGAGCGCGCUGACGUCUUCCUGGCCGCCGCGGUGGCUGGAGGUGUUCCCGAAACUCCAUGCGGCCCUGACGGCGGCGCUGCCGUCGGAGCGCUGGGUGGAGGUGCUGUGCAAAGACCGCGGAGCGCUGGAGGAAGCCACGGAGGACGAGCACGUUCGAGGUGCUGUGGAGAGGCUGCUCCUGAGCAACACGCGGCCUGAGGCCAGCGGUGGAUCCACUGGAUCUGCUGGAUCCGCCUGGGAGGUCUCGGGAUCCGAGGCGGUGUCGUUGACCGCGGUGCUGGUGCGGGGCCUGCAGGGCAGCGGGAAGUCCACGCUGUGCCGGGCGCUGGCGCAACUCACAGGAGGCGAGUGGAUCAACCAGGAUGAAGUGGCCGCAGGAGGAGGAAGGCGGAGCGCCAAAGAGCUCUUCCUGAAGGCCGUCCAGGCCGCCGCCGCGCGCUCCGAUGUGAGGUUUCUCUUUGUCGACAAGAUCCACACCUUAAAGCAGCACCGCGAUGACGUGGUGGCGGCAGUCAACAGCGGCUUCCAGGCUCGAAGUGGACUUCGAACCGGACGAGUGGCUCUGGUCCUCUUGAACUUGUGCCACCCGGAGGAUGAGGAGGGCGAGUACCACAAGGCGGCGGAGGUGUGCUGCGCGCGGAUCGCGGCGCGGGGCCUAGGCCACCUCUCGCUGCUGCCCCAGGCGGUGGACGCCCGCGAGGUGGUGCUCGGCGCCGGGGAGGAUGCUGAGGUGUUGACCGACGAGGAGAAGUGCGGCUUCGAGCUGUGCUCUGACCUGGACCUCCGCGAUCCGCCGCUGCUGAUGCUGCAGGCCGGCCUCGCCCGGCUGCAGGAGGCGGGCGUGCUGCCGGCUUCGGCCUCCUCGGCCUCGGAGCGGCUGGGGGAGGCCGUGGAAGCGGCGCGCCAGCACGAGCUGCAGCUGUGCAGCAGGUGGAAGACGCUCUACUGGAUGGUGGCGCUGGACUGGUCCUUCCUCUUCUCCGAGCCGCCCGCGCCCGCGCCAAAUGCCGCGGCAAAUGCCGCGGCCGCCCUGCGCGCGCAGUUGGCGGAGGCCCUGCGGGCGAGUUCGGAGCUCCAGGCCACGGAGCCGCACGUGACGCUGGCGUGGCUGGGCUCGGGCUCGGACGAAACCUGCGCGCGCGAGCUGGACGGACGGCUCGGGGCGCUCGAGGGAACGCAGGUGCCGGUUUCCAUCCAUUCCGUCUGCUACGACGCCUCGCUGGGCCUCGUCGCCCUGCGCGUGGCCUUGAAGGACUCGGUGGGAAAGCUGUGCCAAAAUCUUCACCCGCACAUCACCGUGGCCAAGGGCCCCGGCGUGGCGGCCAAGCUGUCCAACGAGAUGCUGCAGAGGCAGGCGGAGGGUGACAGCCGGGUGGUGCAGCUGGCUCUGCCGGCGCCGCUGGAAGUGACAGGAGUGGUCCAGCGCCAGCUGGCGGCCGAGUCCCUCGCCGCGGCGUGCGCCGCUGGCGCCGCUGGCGCCGGCGCGCCGGAGGGGCAUCCCAUCUGCGCGCUGGGCCUGGCGGCCACGGAGGAGGCGGUGGACGUCUGGGUGACCCAUGAAGCUUCGGCCCGGGCCAAGAAGGUGGCGCGGGUCUUGGAGCAGCUCAUGUGCCGCGUAUCCCAGCCGCUGGCCCACUGCAAGGGCUGGCCGCCGGCUUUAAGGGGGAAGAAGUGGUUCACCUUCCACGAGCGCCCGCUGAGCGCGGAGAGUCUACAUGCGCUCCAGGCGCUGCAGAGACAGGGCGCUAUCUCCACAGUGCACAUGGCCGUGGCAUACUUCCAUCUGCCGGAGGAGCCCUCGGCCGCGGCGCUGGCGCGGGUUUUGGCUGGCCGCGGCGCCGAUGCGCUGCGCGCGGCCUACGGCGCCCUGCGAGAAGAGGCGGAGGUAGAGGAGGUGCCGAGCUUCUACGUGCAGAGCAAGGCCUUUGGUGGCAAGGAGCAGAGCGUGGGCUUCCGGAAGGCCCUGGCGGAGGCGGUGACGAGUUUGGUGGGGUGGACGCCGCAGAUCGGAGCCGCGGCCAACGUUACGCUGGCGGCUCAGGUGAAGGACGAAUGGAUCUUGCUGGGAUUGGUGUGCCAGCCAAAGAUGGAUCCAAAGCUGCCCAAAGUGCAGAAGGAGGUCCAGGCGCCGUCGCGGCCGGCGCCGGCGCCACGCGGAGGUCCGGCAGCGCCGCGCUGGGAGAACGAGGAGCUGCAGAUCGAUGGGGCGACGCUGGAAGG